CGUCACGUGACUUCAGGAGGCGGAUGCGCCAUGGCCCGUUUGUGCAGCCCGUUCUGUCAGCCCCUUGCCGAGUUUUCGUGAACGAAAUCUGCCGCCUAAAAAAGGAUUACCAGAGCCGGCGUAUGCGACAGCGCACCAAACCGGUGGAAAAGCAGCGGCCCAGCUGUGAGUGUGGUGUGCCCCCAUGUGCCUCUGGCGGCGUUGCCGGGGAGCUGGAGCGCGGGCAUCGUUGGCCGGCAUGCGUGGACGCCCCCCUCGGGCUGCUCUCCACGGCACCGGCCAAUAAGCCAUGAGUAGUGGGAACCUGACCGAAGCGGAGAUUCUGGAGCGGGCUGCGGAGGAGCGGGCGGCCAUAGUUGCACGCUACGACCGCGGCCGAGAAAAGGAAAAUGUUGCCCAGAUCGACCCCUGGGAGGAUCCCAAGUUUGAGCUGUAUCAUGUCACCGACAAGUAUGGCUUCAUCCACAAUGAGCGGCUGCCUGACAAGUACACAGUUCACGAGGCAAAGGUUCGUGACCAGGAGAACGUGCGUCUCAACAAGUGGCGCAAGAUGCUCGAGAGUUGGGACAAGUACUACCCCAACGAGAAGUUGCGGCGACGGGUCUUUAAGGGUAUACCCAAUGCAGUUCGAGCGGAAGUGUGGCUUCGGCUACUCGACGUGGCUCGCAUCAAGGCUGAGCAGGAGGGCAAGUACUUGGAGAUGCGGGAGCGUGCACGUCUGUGGUCCCCAGACAUCCGACAGAUUGACCUGGACGUCAACAGGACGUACCGAAACCACAUCAUGUUCCGGGAGCGCUACAGUGUCAAACAGCAAGCCCUGUUCCACGUCCUAGCAGCGUACUCUGUGUACAACACGGAGGUUGGCUAUUGCCAGGGAAUGAGUCAGAUUGCUGCUCUCCUGCUCAUGUACAUGAAUGAAGAGGAUGCUUUUUGGGCCAUAUCUGUGCUUAUGACAGAUGAGAGGCAUGCUAUGCAUGGCUUCUUCAUCCAGGGUUUCCCGAAGCUUCGUCGCUUCCAGGAGCACCACGACCGAGUGUUGGGCCGGCUGCUGCCCAAGCUGAAGCGGCACCUGGACCGCUACGAGAUGCACACCUCGCUGUACACGCUCAAGUGGUUCUUCCAGUGCUUCCUGGACCGAGUGCCCUUUACGCUGACCCUGCGCCUCUGGGACGCCUACAUCCUGGACGGGGAGCCUGUGCUGACGGCCAUGUCAUACACCCUGCUGCGCCUGCAUCGCAAGACCUUGCUCCGCAUGGGCAUGGAGGAGAUGAUUGACUUCCUGCAGGCCCGCCUGGAGCAGGACUUUGGUUUCCAUGACGACGCAGCCAUGGAGGCCCUGCAGGAUGCCAUGGAAGAGCUGCGACGACAAGGGCUGGCGGUGCCCCCGGGUAGGGCACCGCCUUCAGAGCUGCCCCAGCGGCCAUUUGGGCUCGAGCUGCCCCCAUCCGCGUACCUCCCACACCGGGGAGCUGCCUCGCCUCGGAUACGCAACUCCAACAGUCGCACGCUGACCAACGGCAGCCGUGCGUCAACACCGUCGGGCCGAGCCACACCGGCUGCUGCAGAGAACGACGACGUGGUGUCGGAAGGGUGUCCUGCAACUCCCAUUGGAGGCACCAGCAGCCUUCUGCGCAAGGGGGCAUCUCCACUGGGCCGACGGGGUGGCGACACGAGUGAAGACGGUGCGAGCUCGGUAGUGGACCCGCUGAGCUCGCGCAACUCGCUAGCCGAGACAUCGCAGACGUCGGCAGCCGACCUUUCUAGCUUCUCCAGCCCAUCAGCGACGCUGCGGAGGACGCCGUCGCUCUACGACAACGUUGACUACCAGGAAAGCCUGGAGGCAGCGGCUGCAGCGGCGGCUCAGACUCCCAUCGCGUCUCCGCCUGCGGCCGGGGUCGCCUCGGCCAGGGGCGCCGCCCUGAGCCAGCAGGGGUCGCCAGAGGCCAGUGGGGAGGCGGUGCGCAUCUACGUGCCCUACCACGGUGCGGAUACGGAUGCUGCCACAGACAAGGACUCGUCCAGUAGUGUGGCAGCAGUGGCCAACGGCGAUGUUACUCCCACCAACCAGGACCCGAACAAGAUCACCAUCCACGUUGACCUCCACCACUACUGCACAGCAACAGCACCUGCGGCUGCGACGACAAGUGUGCGCUGCGACAGUGGAGAUGCCGGAACUCUGCAGCACGCUGGCAAUUCGACCUUUCACCGUGUUGCCACCACCGACCUCUAAUGGCAGCGUGGCCUCGCGUCGUUGAGACACUGCAUUCGUGGCUGCACUGAAACGGGUCGGGUGAUGGUUUGGUGCCUGCACGGAACGUGCUCACUCAAACCGACUCCUCUUCGGGGCCGUCACUCAAGUGAGCUCCAGAGAGCAGUCCAAACGGAUCGUCGGGAUGAAGGCAUGCGGUAGAGUGCAUCGGCCACUGCCACCGACUGUUCACUCCCGUGCCCGCCGCCGCUUUUGUUGCAAAAAGCGAAACUGCUCCUCUGGCACGUCAGCUGCGUGCCUAGGGAAAAAUAUUCUACUGUCACGAACGCACCAUGGUUGCGUGCAAGCCACAACUGGCAACCUUGUGUUAAUCUGUAACCCCUGUGUCGACAUCGUCCUUCGUGGUUGCAGACAGCAUGCUCAAAGCCGGUGGUGUUUGCACGCAGUCUGUGUUACAUACAAAGCGCCGCUUAAUUGAUGGACGUUGGUUGUAUGUGACAGUUGUUGCUGAACGUGUGGGUUAGCUUGCACUCAAAUUACACAUAGAGGUGGCAUUGUCAACAAUUAAUUCUGUUAGCGCAUUUGCAUUCAUAACUUGCUCAUUUUAGCUCGAAUAAGUAAACAAGUUGCUUGCAGCAAUGAAAUACAAAAAAAAUGUAAUUUUGUGAAAUGUGAGCAACAGUUAUGAUGCGAUGAUAUGAACUGUCUUGUCCGGCAUUGCGUAAAGUGUUUCGUACUUCCAAGUUAUUUGGAAGAAAACAUUUCUUUAAUGUGAGAGCAAAUAGUAAUCACCUCGUAUUUAACUGAAUACUGCCAGUACGCAAAAUUUGCGUGCAAAUGACUUGACUUUAUCUGAUGCAUACUUGCUUUUCUGGUUACUCAACAUUUGGCACAACCGUGAGAACAACUACCCUGGUUGAGCAGGGAAGUGUUCUCCGAGUCACGGACACGUGCAACUCGUGAGCAAUCCCAUGCAGGCUGGACAAGGACAUAACGAACUCAACAACGCAAGUUUGUUGCUAGAUCCCUCGUUAGUUUGCUGGUGGUCCUUGCAAUGUGUCCACCAACCAGCAGCCAAGUUGUUGGUCAGAAAGUUGCUCGUUACUUGCUGGCUUGGGUGUGGAAAUUGCAAAUCCAACCCCUGGAAUUUUUGUUGGUUGGGUCGGCUUUUCAGGUGUACACAGGUUACCUUACGGGUUGCACCGAGAUCACUCGGGCUAGAGCUGUCCGCCCUUAGUCAUCUGCGUGUUAUUUUGUUUGGGUUUCUUACUCAUAGAAAUGCAAAAUUUGCGCUGAAAUGGAAAGCAGAAAUAACAAGCAGCUGUUACUAAGAGUUGUACAACACUUGCACAUUGCUUGCAAGCAUGACUCUGUGUGCAUGGCCUGCAGCCUGAAUUUGGCCAUUUGCUACAUAUAUAUAUUUUUUAUUUCUGGUGUAGAAAAAGAGCAUUACAUAUUCCUCCCACAUUUUGAACUCAAUUGUCUGUUGCUGUGCUGGUUAUAAACCGCAAUAUUGAUCGCAUGAGGCUCGAAUUUGUUGCUCUACUCGUAAGCAACCGCUGAAAUGCAUUAUUGUUGCCACAUGCAAUACGUGUUACUGUGCAUGUAUUAAAUGGUCUAAGUGCACUCGGGCUUUUUUUAUUUGUUGGUGGUUUUCAAAUGGCGACAGUACUUUCAGGUCUGCAUCUUGGCAUAGAGUUUACUCACAGCCUACUCGACCCGUUUGGGUGUUACUGCUUGGAUGUAGAGCCUUGCGAGAACAAUGGUUGCUGGAGAGCGCAUGACUUUGUAUGGGUCCUUGGUUUUCUGUUGUCCUAAUUUUACUGAUAAGGGACUUAAAUAGUGCCAAAUUAGCCUUUCUGGGAAAUGUGUGCGAGUGCGUGCCUUUUUUUUUUAUUCACUAACUUAUGUAGGCAUCUGUGCUUGUGUGCUAGGAAUUGUUGCAUGUGACAGCCGAAUAACUUUCUUUUGUUGUAGUGUAAUGUGUAACGAAGGGUUUCUGAAUGUUAUAAUGGACAUUGCCCGAGUGGGCUCAAUAAUGUGAACAGGCCCAGUUUUACGUUCUAAACAGCGUGCCAUUGUUCUGUGCUGCCUUAUACACCUACCACGGAUGUAGGAGCCAACUGGCAUGAUCUGUGUCUUGCUGAGUGUGCAAGCACUGAGGUGUACUGCCCAAACCUCGUAGUCUCUGAAGGUCUUUUUCCGCACAUUGCUUUGACAAACGUUUGCAGUCUUUUCAUCCAGACAACUCCAAAACUAGUACAGGAAUAAAAACAGAUAUUCAACCGUGCAGUGUGCAUCUGUCCUAAGCUCAAUACCGAGUCAUUGGACUGGGCUAGUGGGUACAUUGUCAGAAUGGAUAAAAACCAGCAGGAAACGCAGGUCAUCGACGGGACAGGCUGGCACUUACAACUGAUCAAAAAGCAUACUGGAAAGGCUAACUUUACGUGCCAGCAGCCACCUUGCGAAUGCGUGGACAACCACACGUCACAAUAUACGAAAUCUUGGCUGUCGUUGCGUUUAGAAAGCUCAUCUCUUUACCAGACAGGUGCAAUGAUGUGUCGCUGAUGCACUUUUUUCCCCAUUUCUUUAUGUAGAAUUGCUUCCAAUGUUUUUUCUUUCUGGGUUUUCGCCCUCCCACAACCGAAAAAUCCUAGUGUUGUCAAACGCAGGAGUGCACCGGCACUGCCUGCAAUGUCUUGGUGGAUGAGCGCAGUCAUUCGCGGGAAGGGAGGCCUUGGGUUCCCCGAGAUGAUUAUUAAGACAACGGCCAGUUUGGCUGAUGUAUGCUUCGCAACACGAUAAAGGGACGUGAUAAACCACGUGUCUAGUUCAAAGCACGAAUUUCAAAACAUGAUUUGUGCUACACGUAGCCCUUCUUUGCGCAUGCCGGUUGAUUUGGCUGCACAGACCACUCAACUUUUGCGGGGCGUGAACACCAUGCACACGCCACAUUUGGUGCCAUAUUUGAGUUGUAAGUGCCAGACUGUCCCAUGGUUUUCUCUACACUGUGUGUUGUGUUUCCUGCUGGCUUUUAUUCAUUUUGUCCUAAGCUCCUUCUAGCAAAAAUUUGGAGCUACGAGCCAAGGCUUGGCAGGUCCUUGGCCAAGGUUGCCAGCCCUUGUUUUCCUAUCAAACCAGUUUUAGAAUACUUGGUUGAUAUGCGACAAAGAGAGAGCUGAGGCCAUUUUUACCAGCAGUUUCACAAAGCUUUGUUAGAAGCACUGUUUCCAGAAUAUUUGAGAGUCCGCUGUAAAAGUAAACGCAACGAGUGAGAAUUGUUUUUAGCGACAGUUUUGUACCUGGAAUAUCAAAGUAGUCUUUUCUUUUUUCUUUAACAUACUGCUGGUCUACCGUGGCUGGUACAGGAGUGGCUACAUAAGCAGUUUCUUUCUUUGUUUGUCAGGAUAACACCAAAUAUUCUGUAAUUAUUAGCGAUGUUGAAAAUUCACCAUGAGAAUUCAACAGGUUGGUUUUGUUUUUGGCUAAGCGUGGGAGCAUUUUGUUUGGGUAUCUCUGUGCAGCCCAAAAAUCGGGCCAGUUUGCUAAAAGCCUUGCCUGAGUCUUUCUCACAAAUCUUUAGUUUGUGUGCAAUUUAAAAAUGUACAUAUUCAGUUGUUAUUGAAAGAGAUGUCCUUUCUUUUCACACCAUCUAACAUACACUGUAGAAAUGUGGACUGUUGGGCUUGCUGGUGUGGCAUGCGUGGUUUGAAGAGCGAAAACUUGACGAUGAAACUACAUUGAUGAAAGGGAGUACAGGCAGAAAAGACGCUCGAGCAUAUGUCGCUUUGUUCCUUAACAGCUCUUUAAAGUUUCCUCAAAAAGUUCCGACCUUGUGUGGUUCUUGAAUACGCAAUAGUAGUGUUCUUGAACAUUCAUAAGUGUACCGUUGGUCAGCGCUGUUAAUUUGAUGACCUUCAGGGGUCCAAAGCACAGUGGGAAUUCUUUUUUUUUUUUCAUUGCCAAAAUAUUUCAUGUUCACCAUUGCAAAUCUGUGCUUAAGGCAUUUUGUUGGGAGCCUACUUAUUCAACCGUAUGACCCCUACUACUGAGGAUUUAUCGUCCAAGCUUUUUAAGGAACAAUUCUGGGCCGAUAUAAUCUGCCUCGCGGAACAGUAAAAAAAAAAAAUAAGCAGGGCAAUGUUGGCACCACACAGAAAUUAGGCAAUGCAAGGAAUAGGUACAGCAGGGGCUAACUCGUGAUUAGGUGGAAGUUAUUUUUGCACACUCUUUCAUGUCGAGCAGCAAAAUGUGGGGGUAUAGCAAAUAUACAUCUAACGUACCUUGUUAUGAAAGCCAACGUUUUCAACUGCAUCUGUCGCAUUGCCACCCAAAUGGAGGAGACAUACCGACGAGAUGCGGCUGUUGUAGGUGGCCGGUGCCUUCGGGAGAUUCUUUGGCAUUUACGUCACGGCCAUAGUACUUCCCUCUUUGUUUGUGAUAGAAGGAAUGUGCUAGUACAGAUUCAAAUUUUUGUCUUUUCUUCACUGGCAGUUUCAGUAGUCUUUUUUUCUUUUUUUGUACUUUUGGCACAUUUCAGUGGAUGUCAAAAUUGCUAGAGACAGUCAUUGAGCAUGUUGAUUAUUAAGCAGCACCAAGAAAAGGCACUGAAUAAUAAAAGGGUAGACUGAAGAGGCACGUACGAGUCGGCAAGUCGCCCCUACAUGCAACCUGUUAGAAUGCAUCGUGUUCUUAACUUGCCCUGGUUCUUGAAUGCCCACCUAACAGCAGUGUGUUGUGACAACACAGAUAAAUCAUUAAGGGUAGCUGUUAGAAGGUUUGGUUCGUGUCACACAGCAUUUCCAGUCGGCACGGAAGCGAAGAUCGCAGAAGGGCACGGAUGAAGGUAGGGCACUGCAGUUGAAACGCAACUGGGCAUGACAGUUUUUUGAUGGCCUUUACUUGAGAAAAGGGGGCGUUCCAUCUUGGUGUGUUGCUUUGAAAAAUAAUUGCAGGAAGUGCAUAACCAGGAAAAGCAUGCCUCGCCCAGUAACCAAACGGCAGUGUACUUUCAAUAGGACGUCGUGCUUUCAGAGAUGCGCUUUUCAGUAAAUAUUGAUGAUGUGAUUAAUGGCUGUGAGAAUGUGAGCUUAGGGAAAACAUGGCCAUUGUCGACUAGUCACUGCCCACUGUCUUCUCAUCGCAUGCCAUAUUUACUUACGGGUGACAUAGACAUCUGGUUUAUAAGAAACCUGUUUUCAGGUACAUUACUGGAGCACUAGGCAGCCUAAAAAUGUUCAAUUAAAAUAUGUUUGAACUGCCUCGAUAGCUACUAUCUCGGUGCACACGAGAGCCUUCGGAGUUUGGCUUUUUGGUUGUCGAGCGCUUGCGAGGGAACAGCACGAGAAUGUGACGUAACACCUUGGUGUGUUGUAUUUGUUUAUUAUUUAUUUUGCAAUACUCUUAGGGCCAUGCAGCAUUAGAGAGUAAAAAUUAGCCCAGUGAGUUAUUUCAGUGGCAUAGGGAUACUUCCGAUCAUUUAAUCUGAGCUCCAUACAAGUGAAUCCUGUUCGUGAGAAUGGCUGGUUUUGUUACGACUGCCAGGGUUUUCGUGUCGGUUACUCUGUGUGCGUGUUGCAUCGCCGAGCCCCACCGAUAUCCUAAUGAGUAAAUUGAGACAGGAGUGAGAAAUGUGCAUCGUGUUCUUUAGUAUGUACUUAAUAUUGAGUCUGCCUUGAGGCACGAUUGAUAGUUGUAGUCCGCCGCACCUUGGCCCAUUAUUUAUUGGUGAAUACCGCAGCUUGCUUGUCUGUCAAUUGCCGAGUGUGUUCUGCAGCUUCCGAUGUGUGCAUUUUCAUAUGUGGCGGUUGCACUGGCUGCAUGUAUUAGCACGGUUGCAUGAAUACCAGCCUUCUUUUUUUUUUUUUUUUGCAGCUUCCAGCCUGCAGUUGAUAGUAUCAUCCUAUUUGGAGCUGCACUGAAGAUAUAAAAACACAUUCUUUUUUUCAUUGUUAUAAUUGAUCACUAAUUGUUUAAUCUGUGGAAGAAAAGUGCUCUUGACCCUAACAUGGCCCUUCUGGGCACAAUGCUUCCACAAGUGCAUCCUCUGAUAUUCUUAAAAGUAUGGGCAAUGAGGAGAAAUUAUGGCUGAUGAAACUCAGAAUUUGCAGGCGUUUGUUUUGUAAGACAUCGUGGCAUCUUUUCAGUCUAACUACGGUAGCCGUGCACAAAAUCGGGUCACAUAAUAGCAGUCUCUCAAAAUUUUAUUAGCCACUUCGUCGGAUUGGUUUCAACAUUAUGACGAGUUUGUGCGCAGUUUCACUCUGAUGGACUGCUCCCAGUGUUUAAGCUUUUACGUCGUUGCAUGCAUGACAAUCAUGUAGAAAUUUGUUUAUUUGAAAUGUGUGCGCUAUGCACGUGAAAAUGAAAGAACAUUUUGUUUACCACAGAGUGUUUACCCCACAAGAAGCUUUGAAACAAACUACUCUUCUAAAGUGGCAGGGUACUUCAGUGCGUAGAGUGUGGGACCUGCUGACAGCUUUCACUUCCGUCACGGCCAUGCGGUGAUUCAGCCAGAAGCUGUGGAGGACUGCAGUGAAGAAGUGGCACUGUCUGUAACACGUGUCUCGCCGUUAGAGGUGAAUUCAUCGCGACACACUUGUCGACUGCCGCUCUUAGUAAACUGUGCACACGUCUCGUUUAUACGAAACAUGUCAGUGCUGUAAAAUGCUGCUUUUGUGUGAAAUUUGAGAGCACACUCAUUGUUGGCAUAGCACAGAGAGCUGCACACACCUGGCCUUCCAACUUGUUUGGUCAAGUAAGCAUACUCGGCCAGUGCACUUGUAGUGGCCAACGUACAAAGCAAUAAGAGUGAUUAGCUAGCUGAAAUUACCAUGCAAUACACAGGGACCGCAGAUCUUUUGUGGAUACGACGUGCAGGGAAUAUUUGUGGGAAAAGCCUCCCAAGCAGCCACUUGAUGCCAACUUAAUCCCUGCUUUUCUGUGCUGCAUCAAUCGCUCGUCCUGCCUCGAGUUCAAGUUUGUUGAGCCUGAUAAUUCUCCAUUACGCCGACGACGCCGCACUUGUCUUGCCGAUGUUGCCUAGCAAUUCUACGAUACAUAUCCACACCGCUGCGUAUGUGACGACCACGCAACGGGAAAGCCUCUGGAGUGCUCUCGAAGGGCUCGCACGUGCUACGCCUUCUAGCAAUGAGCUCUCACUCAAAAGAAAGCUCUGUGACGACAGUUGCUGGUAACGAAAACGAGGUGUUGACAAAAGGACACGUGCUGCAAUUACUGUACACUAUUUGAUUUGGCAUAUAUUGCUGGUGGGAGUACCUGAAAAGAAAGCCUGCACGGGUAGUAGCUGCAUGUUUGCUCGCUUUGUGUGGUCACGGUUUCCAGCAGCUGAAAUUUCAUUGAUUGUGCAACCUGCACGCCUUGCAAUAGCUUUGACUCGCAUACCGCAACAUGCAUCGAAUACUGCGUUGUCAUCCUUGCUGCACGAAUUCAACGAUCCCAGCUAUGAGCAAGUGAUUAAGUACUAGCCACACUUGUGAGAUCUGAGUCUUCAACCAUUGUCCUGUAGCAAAAGGAAGAGCUCCUGUCUUUUAUGCAGUCAACUUAAGCUGUCAACUUGAAGCAAGUUCUACUUCUUCCACUGCUUUCGCAUGGAGGCUCCAUCCUGUAUAGAUUCUUCCAGAGUUUUCAUAAAUGCACUUUAUCUUCAGCCUUUUCCUCGUAACAUCCCAGAAAGUAUAUAGGCGAGAUCUCCAGAUGUCCAAAUCUGCAUUGCAAAUUGUGCAUCUCUCCCUGUUUUGCACGAGGCAACCACUCAAUCUUGGCACCACAAGUGUGCCAUUACAUUGCAUACAUUAAUUACAAACCGUGGUUCCUUAGCACUUAAAUGCUUAUAGCAGUAAAAUACUAUUUACAGUGGGGCCGCUACAAGUAUUAUUCUAUUGUACGAAAUAAGGCCAAGUUGAUGGCACGCUCGGUUGUGCAUCAGCGAUGUGACUGAAAUUUGUUGAAAUAGUAUGACAGACGAUGCUAGUGAAAGGCACCUUUCAGCAUGUCGGGGACUAGGACAGUAGGUGAUCCAGAGAGGCGAACCAAGUGAUGAAUGUCUUGGGGUAGCUGCAUUUUGUAGCGCUUGUGAAGCACUUAAUUGUGUAUUCUUCUUUGCUUUGAGUUGUUUUUUGAAAUUGGAAUAGCUUUAUUCACAGCAGUAUAAACAAUGUUGUGGCAGACUGCACACGUUUAUUCAGUUGUGGGUAGAUCACUGAUAUUUACUGAAAAAGUUGCAUUGAUUGUACAGAUAGCCAGUACCAGUCAAACUGAAAAUAUAGAAUCAAUCCUUCUUGCACAAAUUGGGUACUAGAAAUCCAGGUUGUUUGAGCACAUGCUUGAAGAAAAUGCUAAUUUAUUAUCCAGUGUGUGGUAUUAUAACAGGUUAAUCUCUGAUCAGCUGUCGUCAUAAAUAUUAAAACAGACUUUGACAAAACAUGCACUUUAACUACCGAGGUAUGCUACUUUAAAAGCCAUAAGCACACUCUGUAUGGGCUGUGAAUGUUCACAAGUGUGGGCUGGAUCAAGGCCCAUUGCAGUGAGACCUUCCAGCUGUGGCUUGGGGUAGUUGGUAUAACUGUGUUGAGCCUCUGUGCUUCACUAGCACCUGGAUGGCUGAACUUGAAUGGCCUCGAGCGUGUGUACCCUUAAUUUGUACAAGGACAAUCCAUUUGGUGGGCUGCCUCUGCAUGUCCUAGUGCAGUUUUCGCAUAUUUAUUCUCUUUGUGGCUUGCUUGUCUCUCGUGUGUGUGUGUGCAUGGAUUUGCUGCCGAAUUUUGCCUCCUGCCACAUCUAGCGGCAGACAAGUGCAAUGCAGAUGGGACACCUUUUACGAGCACUAUUUACUCAACAGUGGAGGUUGCACGUCUCAACACUGGUGCAGGCCUCAAGCCAGUUGUGCGUGCUGCAUUUGCACUGAAAUUUUACAAAGCAGUGAAAGCAUAGAUGAGGAACACAUUUUAGUUUGGCUGUAGCUUGUUUGUGCUUCACUACUCUUUAGGGACUUUGUAGAUGAAGACAAAAUUUGAGCAAAUUUCUGUGCCCAACCCAUAGGGCUUACCAACACUGUUUCUGUUUGUGUUCAAUGAUUGGGAGCAAGAAGAUGGGUUGAUUGGCAAGCGCUGUGCUUUGACCUCUGCCCAAUUGCUGCAUUGGUACACCUUGCAGUGACUUCAUCUUCACAGUGCACAUGUUUUUCUUCUUAAGCUUCAGUGUACAUAUAUACAUACGUAUAGUUAUAUAUUCUAGAUAUACAUAUGUGUCAUAGCACUUGAGCAUUCUUGCUGGCAGUUUAGCGUGACUUACUCAAAGACUGUGGCCAUGCAAUACGUGUUUCCUGAGCCCACCCUGAAACUUGUCACAAGCAGGCAACAACCUCUGCCCACUGAGAGUAGGCAGCACGAAUGGUGCAGUGGUGACUGAACAGGGGGUGCAUGGUUCCCAGAUAAGCUGCUGCUGCAUUCCUUGCCUUGAGAAGGACCCGCUGCUUGUAGCUGGUACAUCAACAAUAAUCGCCAAUCUACCUUCAGUGGGGCAACACAACUUGCAAAAGUACAUGUUUUAUCACCACUGGUAACAAGUGCAAUUUGUGACCACCAAGGGGUUUGACAGUUCUGUGCACAAGCUGCCAACAGGAGAUAGAAAGCCGGCUUUGUCGGAAUAAUUUCGUGCAUUUUGUGUUAGCUCUGACUUGACUGAGUGCUUUGCAGAAGCGCUACCACAUUGUACUGGUGUGGUAUUAGUGUGCUAGUUUAUUUGCUUUUCAAUAUACUGUCAUGCCCAAAUGAAACAAAUUAUGGUCUGUGCUUUUCACAUUUGCAAAUGUGUGGAGAGAUUCAUUCAUUCAGUCAAUUUUGGAACUUGACCACAUUUGGAAUCCGGUGAUGUUUUGCUUCAAGCAAUUUAGCAUAACAGAUGUUUAGCUUUCUUGCUGUUUGAUGUGACGUUACAUUGUCUGUGAUUAUAAAAAUUCUGAAGCAUCUGUCCCUGCAAAUAUGUCAAACUUUAAGCUGCGACCAUUCAUUGCUGCCUCAGGUGUGUAGUGACAUGCCUUGGAAGUUCUGGUUUUAAUGUCACUUUCCGGAAAGGCAGCAAGAUUCCCUCAUGCCCUUCUGGUGUCCUUGGGUCACAAUAAUCGGAGCUACACACAUGACUUACAGCCACGAAUUUUCAUGCAGCAGUGUUAAUAGUACGGCAGUAGCAAUACCUCGUGGCUCAGCAAGUCUUGCCACAUGGCUGCUUGCUGCCACACUGAUGGCAACAGGUGGUGUUGAUAUACCUGUGGAUAACACGAAAAACAUGGGACAGAUAAAAGCACAAUGCUAACACUUGAAAGAAAUUGUGUGUGUUGCUCUCCUUGUCAUCUUUGCUUUCAUUGUUACUUUGUGCAUACACAAAUUUGUUCAUUAGCAUGUACAAGCUAAUCCAGCAUUAUGCUCUUAACACAAGAAAACCUACUAGAUGUGGUGUUACAUUGUCUAAGAUUAUGAAAAUGCUGAAGCAUCUGGCCUUGAAAAUAAGUCACUCCUUAAGUUGCAAGCAUUCGUUGCUGCUUCAGGUGUGGAGCAACGUGCCUCGAAAGUGACAUUGCUGUCCGUAUGUUUAGACGAGGAUCAUGUCGCUAUACCUAUAUAAGAACGAGGGGGUCGCAAGAUAUCUACGCAUCAUUUGUUCAUUCCUUUUGUCCGUCCCAUGCUGUUAACAAGGAUGCACACAGUAGUAAUGCCUGGUAGUGCAUGCAUUGCGGCUAUUCAAUCUGGUAUCGGCUCGUGUUUGCAGAUGUGUGUUGCACCUGUGAGCGUUGUUCAGCCUGCACAUAUGCCAGAAUUGGUGCAAGUAGUCGAAGACUGUCUCCAGAGCAGUGCUUUCAUCUGCGUCACGUGUGUCUGCCCGGCCAGCCUAGCUCUUAACUUGUGCCUGUGGGCUGCAUGUAUCAAAACCAGCGUAACAAAAUGACCCUGUGUAUAGCACCUCCACCUAGAUUUGUACAUACUGAUCAAUGCCAGCUUCGCUGCAUAGGAUUCAUAAAGGGUUGGGGCCUAUUUUGUGCCACUUUUGAAGUGUCUGUGCACAUUCCGACAACGCUGGUUCAAGGCUGGACAAUUGCACAGUCUGAUGACACCAGUGUUUUCAACCCUACUGCCAUUUGUGAUGGACUGCUGGGUGUCAGAUGGGCUUUUGGUUCUAUUUACUCCGGACAUACAUUAGAAUUUUUUUUGUGCCCUUAUAAGCUUGCAAUUGAAUGGUGCUCAUUGACAUAAAACAUUGAAACUUGUUUUCGUUA